AGUUUUUUAGGUAGCAAUAGCUCUAGUUAUUCCACAUUCAUCGUUGGCGGUGUGGUGCUAAAAAGUUGAGUAGAGGGCAGACUUAUACAAGUUACGACCAAUCUAAUUACUUUCAUGUGAUUAGAGACUUUCCUCCUACGCUUCUUUAACGAAAUCACGUUCAUCUUGCUUCUUGUGGCUGCUUAGAGAUAUUGGACUACCUUGUUGCUAGCUUCAUGGAUGAGAUUCAUAGUCUCAAGUCAGCACUGGAGGAUGAGUUUCAGUCAACCUUGCAUUCAGCUCCAUCAUUUGCAAUAUACAACAACUCUCAUGGUGAUAAUGACACCGACCCAGAAGAUGUUUUGAAGAGAAGUGCUUUGAUUGGAAAGAGUUUGAAAAGCACGGAGAGUGGCGAGUUCAGCUUUGGGAGGAACAAGAUGGAUUUGAUUGAGGAAGGAGAGAGUGAUAAUGAUUGGUCAAGUGGGAUUCAGAAUUUGAGUAUUGAGGAGGAAGAUGUUGAACCAGCUAGUCCACCCAUGUAUCUGGCAGCAGGGCUUGGGGCUGAUGGAACUGGGUUUGGAUCUGAUAACCUUAUAAUUGAUGAUAUAUUUAAUCCCAACUUGCAAGAAAGUGGGGAUCUUGAAGAGUAUUACAAGAAGAUGGUUGAUGAGUAUCCCUGCCACCCUUUGAUUCUGAAAAAGUAUGCUCAGCUGUUACAGUCUAAUGGAGACCAUCAAGGGGCUGAGGGGUACUUUCUUCGUGCUACCCAAGCGGAUCCUAACAAUGGUGAAAUCUUGAUGCAGUAUGCGAAGUUGGUGUGGGAGAACCACCAUGACAAGGAUAGAGCAUUGGUCUAUUUUGAACGUGCAGCUCAAGCUGCACCUCAAGACAGCCAUGUUCUUGCAGCAUAUACUAGUUUUCUCUGGGAAACAGAAGAUGAUGAGAACAAAAGUGGAAAUCUUGAAAUUCAGAGUGACAUGGAAAAACAAAAGACUGAGCCUGAGAAACCCUCCAAAGAAGAAAGUGACCCAGUUAGCUCAUUCUCAAUCCCUGCAGCCAGACAAGAGGUUGAUGCAGCAAAUAUUACAACAGCUAAUUGCAGUGAAGACGAUAAUGUUGAAGAUUAUCUUAAGAAGAUGAUUGAUGAAAAUCCAAACAAUCCUUUAUUUCUGAAAAAGUAUGCUCAGUUUCUGGUUCAGUCCAAGAGAGAUCUUCAAGCAGCAGAGGAUUACUACUCACGUGCAAUAGUAGCUGAUCCCAGUGAUGGUGAAAUAAUGUCAGAAUAUGCUAAACUAGAGUGGGAACUUCAUCAUGAUCUGGAAAAGGCUUCGUUUUUAUUUGAGCAAGCAAUUCAAGCUACCCCAGGAGAUAGCAAUGUUCUUGCAGCAUAUACCUGCUUUCUCUGGGAAACAGAAGACGGGGGAAGCUGAAAUUUAAAGGCAGAGCCAUGUUCAAGAGAUCUGCUGCUGGACAAUUCCAUGACUGAUGCAAAUUCUCGAGACAGAUUGCUAAAGAAGGUGCAAAUAAAUGCUCAAAGUUAUAGGUGAAUAAAGAAAACCAUACACAAUCAAUACAAGGAAGCAGCAAGCUUAGCUCGUUCAGAAUAAAGAAAACCAUAUUUCUUUACUAAAUGUAUUUUUUUGGCUGAAGUUUUCAUAUUUCUAGAAUAACUUGCAGAAAGAGACAAGAAUCGCUUACGAAAUGACUUAUGAUUAGGUUAAAUGCUUGCCAAGUUCGAGAAAUCCCUUUCCCUGAGUAGUGGUGCAGUCAUUGAGAGUAUGUCCUGUCUAGUUAAUGACCUUGUGUGUCUCUGUCCAACGAAUAACGAUGAUGUCCACCCAUGCUAAUGUUUAAAAUUGAC